AUGUCAUCUUUGCCCAAGAACCUCGAGAUCACCAUUACCACAGAGCGGCCUGACGUGUCGAACAAGACGUCCGAGCCAUCCGAAUCUACCACCAAGACCAGCAACAAGCCCGAGAAGCCGGACCACAACAAGAACAUGCUCCUCCCUCCUCAUACCCCACCCUAUCACACCGGCGCCAAGAAAGAGCCAGGGACCGAGGAUGAGGCCUGCGAGGAUGCCAUCGCUAGCGCUGGGAAGGGGUUUGGCGCAAAGACCGCCGUGAUACCAAGCAUCAGGGGCCUGGUGGAGCUUCUUAGUGGCAACGAAACGGAGAUGUUGCGUGUGGUAUUGCAAGUGGACACGGACGAGUGGUACGGCCUUGUGCAGGCAGUGGUCAAGAUACCUUAUUGCUUAAGGUAG